AUGGAUAAAUUAGAAGACCAAACCUGCAGAGAAGAUUUUAGAGCUUCCUACAAGAAUUUAGAAAUCAAUGAAGCUAACAAAAAAAACUUUGUAGCUUUAACUAAAAAGCAUAUUGAUGAGAUAUCUCGUGUUGACAUUUGCAACUUGAUCGAUGAGCUUAGAACUGGAGAUUCUUAACAAGAUAAGAAAGUUGAUGCAGUUAAAGAUGCUCUUUUCCACCUUUUAGGAGAGGUCACCAUUAGAAAGCCAUCAUUCUUAGAUGCUCUUUUCUUCCCUCAAGAUGAUGAAAGCAGAAUAGUUGAAUACUUGAAUCUUGCUCAUAAGACUAUCGAUGUCUGUGUUUUCACAAUUUCUAAUGAUUAUUUAGCUUGGGCUCUUUAUGAUCUUCACAAAAAAGGAGUUAAAGUUAGAAUCAUUACUGAUGAUGAAUGCUCAACAAAUAGAGGUUCUGAUAUCCAAGAUUUAGCUGAUGCAGGUAUUCCUUGCAGAUUAGAUAGCGAUCCAACUGCUCAUAUGCACAACAAGUUUGCUAUCAUUGAUGGUCAUAUCUUAGUCAAUGGAUCAUUCAACUGGACUCAAUAGGCUGUUGAGAAAAACCAAGAAAACCUUUCUAUAAUCGACAGUGAAGAAUUAUGUUAGAAGUAUACUAAAGAAUACGAAAAGCUUUGGGCUAAGUUCGAACACGAGUAAGUUAAGAAAGUAUCUGACUCUGAUCCUUAUGCUACUAAAAGACGUCCUAAUUUCAGAGAAUACUAAAAAAGAAAUAAAAAUCCAAAUGCUAAGAAUUGGAAAUGA